AUGGUGGACGCGUUUCAACGGCUUGACAUCGACUCUGUUCCCCGUUCCAACAGUGUGUACGCGUUUCCCGCUCACGCAGCAAGUGGAGAGCAGGUAGAAUCUCAGCAACACGAUGGACACCAAGGGGCCGAUUCCGGCGCGGCCGACGUUGUACCUGUCGGGGUCGAAACGCAGAUAAUAGACGCCAUGGAUCCACAACAGCAGAGCGAUUCGACUCGGGUGGUCGAGGCCGAAGGUUCAGUCCUUGGAACACUCAUGGCCGGGGAAGACAACCAGGAAGAUCGUUCACUCGAGGUCAACGCUUUUCUUCUAAUCCCUGCUCCUUGA